GGCAGCAGUGCUUAAUGACAUUUUAAAUCUGAAUCCAAUUUGAUGGAUCUGUCAAAGUUUAUGUAUUUUGUUUAGGGUGGUGUGUCUAUGGUUUGCAUGCGAAGUUUUGCAAUCCAAUUGAACGAUGGAUAAGCGGGGAAGUUUGGAGCUGUUGAACCUGGAAGGCAGUAAUUACACAAAGAGCAGUUCCUUUUCACCAGAGACAGCGGAGACGAGGAUCUUCAGCAAGCCAGAAAAUCGAUGGGGAAAAACGUCGCCGAGCAAAAGCUACUGCUCCUCUAGUUCUACUUCCACAGAGAAUGUAGUAUCCACACUCGAAAGGCACAAGGGCAAUUCUGCUUCAGGAAUUGAGGCUACAUUGUCAAAUAGACCAGAUGAUCCCCCUUUAGUGCUUGGUGAAAGAGUUGCUGGACAAGCUAGGGAUGUCACCUAUCUGUGUCCUUAUUAUGGCCCAGCAAGAGGCGUGCUGACAGUGACUAAUUACAAGCUGUAUUUCCGAUCGGUCGACAAAGAAAUGCCGUACGUUAUAGACGUGGCUUUGGGCGUGGUUUCGCGUAUCGAAAAAGUGGGCGGGCAAUCGUCCAGAGGCGAAAACGCUUACGGAAUUGAAGUCUUCUGCAAGGAUAUGCGAAAUUUACGUUUCGCGCACAAACAGGAGAAUCACUCGAGGAGGGACGUUUUCGAGAAACUGCAACAGUUCACGUUUCCGCUUUCUCAUAAGCUCAAGUUGUUUGCUUUUGAAUACAGCGAGAAUUUCGCGGAGAACGGAUGGGCCAUAUACGAACCGAUCGCAGAGUUGAAAAGAAUGGGGAUCAACAAUGAUAUGUGGAAAAUAUCGAAGAUUAAUGAGAAUCACGAGGUUUGCGACAGCUACCCUGCUGUGUGGGCGGUGCCUGCUCAGGCGACGGACGACGAUCUGAGGGCGGUCGCAGCUUACAGGAGCAGAGGGCGGAUUCCGGUUCUGAGUUGGAUACACCCCGAAUCUCAAGCAACCAUAACCAGGUGUUCUCAACCGCUUGUGGGCGUCAGCGGGAAAAGAUGCAGGGAGGACGAGAAGUAUAUCCAGUUGAUUAUGGAUGCGAACGCCCAAAGUCACAAAAUGUUCAUAAUGGAUGCACGUCCGAGCGCGAACGCAAUUGCGAACAAAGCGAAAGGGGGCGGGUACGAAUCUGAGGACGCCUACCAAAAUGCAGAACUUGUAUUCCUCGACAUCCACAACAUUCACGUAAUGCGCGAAUCUCUGCGCAAAGUCAAGGAGCUCUGCUUCCCGACGAUCGAAGAGACUCGUUGGAUGUCCGGGGUGGAAUCCACCUACUGGUUGAAACAUAUCAAGUGUAUUUUGGCAGGUGCCGUGAGAAUUGUGGAUAAAGUGGAGAACCACAAAAAUUCAGUAUUAGUCCAUUGCUCGGACGGUUGGGACAGAACCGCUCAAUUGACAGCUUUGGCUAUGCUGAUGCUCGACCCUUACUACCGUACGAUUAAGGGCUUUGAGGUACUAAUCGAGAAGGAGUGGAUAUCCUUCGGACACAAAUUCCAGCAGAGGAUAGGUCACGGCGAUGAUCACCAUUCCGAUGCUGACAGAUCACCGGUAUUCUUGCAGUUCAUCGACUGCGUAUGGCAGAUUACGCAGCAGUUCAGUAAUGCUUUCGAGUUUAACGAAUGCUUCCUCAUCACCAUCCUAGACCAUCUGUAUUCAUGCCGUUUCGGCACGUUCUUGUGCAACAGCGAACGCGAACGACUUCAAGAAAAAUUGAAAGAGCAAACCAAAUCACUGUGGUCCUUCACAAACUGUCAACUGGAUUACUACAAGAAUCCUUUGUAUUGGGCCAACACACAUCAGCAGCAAGUGUUAAUUCCAGUCGCUAGUCUUCGUCACAUAAAUCUGUGGAAAUCGUACUACUGCAGAUGGAAUCCAAGCAUGAGGACACAGGACCCGGUUUAUCAAAGGACCAGGGAAUUGCUGAUCAUGAAAGAGCAUAUGGAAAAGCAGGUCGAGGAGAGCCUCCGAGAACAACAAUCGCGGAUAUCAAGAAACAACAUUUCCCCUGCCUAAGAGGAAUACACAAUUAUC